AUGUCGGCCUCAAUUGAAACUAUUCCCACUAAAGCCUACAAAGACCAGAAACCAGGCACAUCAGGCUUGCGGAAAAAGACCAAGGUCUUUAUGGAUGAGCCCAACUACACCGAGAAUUUCAUCCAGGCAAUUUUAGAAGCUAUUCCCGAAGGCUAUGAAGGUGCCACGUUAGUAGUCGGAGGAGACGGCCGGUUUUACAACAAUGAUGUAAUGCAACUGAUCGCCGCAAUCUCUGCCGCCAAUGGAGUCAGGAAACUGAUUUUGGGUCAAAACGGGAUUUUGUCAACCCCUGCAGCCUCAAACAUUAUCCGGACUUAUCAUGAGAAAUGCACAGGGGGUAUUAUUCUCACCGCUUCCCACAACCCAGGUGGUCCCCAAAAUGACUUUGGCAUCAAGUACAAUUUGAGCAACGGAGGGCCAGCACCGGAAUCCGUAACUAACGCUAUUUUUGAGAAGUCUACUCAGCUCACGCAGUACAAAAUCGUGAAGAACUUCCCACAAAUUGACUUUUCCAAGAUUGGACAGGAUCAAAACUACGCAGGGCUCAUGAUCGAUGUAGUAGACUCGACAGCGGACUACGUAGCUCAAAUGAAGUCAAUCUUUGAUUUUAAGCUAAUCAAAAAUUUCAUCGAUACGCAAAGGUCUACUAAAGGUUUCAAAAUCCUGUUUGACUCAUUGAACGGUGUUACUGGUCCCUACGGUAAAGCCAUUUUCGUCGACGAGUUUCAAUUGCCCGCUGAGGAGGUUUUGCAAAAUUACGUUCCUCUGCCAGAUUUCGGAGGUUUGCAUCCAGACCCCAACCUGACUUAUGCGCAUACCUUGGUGGAGAGAGUUGACAGAGAACAAAUUGCAUUUGGAGCCGCCUCCGACGGUGACGGUGAUAGGAACAUGAUUUACGGGUGCGGACCUGCAUUUGUUUCGCCUGGUGACUCUGUCGCAAUCAUUGCCGAAUACGCGUCUGAGAUUCCUUAUUUCAAGAAGCAGGGUAUCUAUGGGCUAGCCCGUUCAUUUCCCACAUCAGCGGCUAUCGACCGUGUCGCGAAGGCGCACGGCUUGAACUGUUACGAAGUGCCGACCGGCUGGAAGUUUUUCUGUGCUUUAUUCGAUGCCAAGAAGUUAUCUAUUUGCGGUGAAGAGUCCUUUGGUACCGGUUCCAACCACGUAAGGGAAAAAGACGGUGUCUGGGCCAUCGUGGCGUGGUUGAAUAUCCUAGCAAUCUAUAACAGAGACCACCCGGGUCGUGACGUUUCGAUCAAAACCAUUCAGGACGAGUUCUGGAACAAGUAUGGUAGGACGUUUUUUACUCGUUACGACUUUGAGCAGGUUUCUAGUGACGCUGCGAACAAUGUGUUGCAGGUACUCGCGGACUUGGUAACUUCAAGAGACAAAGCGGUCGGAAAACCCUUCUCAGCCAAUACUGAUUUGACAAUUUCAGACUGUGGUGACUUCAGUUAUACCGAUCUGGACGGCUCUGUAUCUGAUCAUCAGGGUCUUUUCGCCAAGCUUUCUAACGGCUGUAGGUUUGUGGUAAGACUAUCCGGUACUGGCUCAUCUGGCGCCACCAUCAGACUCUAUGUGGAGCGCUACACGGAUGAUUCUUCGAAGUACUCAUUGACCGCUGAUCAAUUUUUGGAAACUGACAUCAAGGGGAUUUUGAAGUUUCUUAAAUUCAAGGAAUUCCUUGGCACUGAUAAACCCACGGUCAAAACAUGA